UUACUUUUGUGUUAUGCACUCUGUGGUAACUCUUUUUGAAAGGAAUUGUAAAUGGCGUACCGCAAAAUUAUUUAACGAAAGCUAGUGUUUAUAACUGUCUUUUAUGAAUAUUUAGUCAAAUAUAUCUUUGAAUAAGAUGGAGAUUACACGUACUACACUCGGUAUUGCUGUCGGUUUAGCCGGAACACUUUUCUUAGGCUACUGUGUAUAUUUUGACCAACAACGACGCAAGGACCCUUUAUUCAAAAAGAAGCUCAGAGAACGUCGUGAGAAAGUACAUCAAAAUUCAACACGGUCCCGCACUAUGGGUGGGCCUUUGCCAGACAUGAGCGAUCAUGAAGCAGUGCAGAGGUUCUUCCUACAGCAGAUCCAAUUGGGUGAGGAGCUCCUGGCCGCAGGAGACCUUGAAGCAGGAGUUGAGCACCUCGGACAGGCGGUCGCUGUGUGCGGACAGACGCAGCAACUGUUGAGUGUGCUCCAACAAACGAUGCCGGCUCCAAUCUUCCACCUUCUGCUGAAGAAGCUCCCGGAAGUGUCGGAGCGCCUGCGCGCUAACAUGCGCGCAAAUGGCGGCAGCGCACUCCAGGAAGAAGACGUCGAAUAAACGUUCUGUCGUAUCUCUUGGACUAUUAUUUUGGUUAGGAUUCGAGCACGCUGCGAUAUAACGUAUUUAUCACCAGCUCUUGCAUUCUACUUCGGCCAUGAACUACUCAAUAGGAAAAAUGCAUGUUCUGAUACAUUGCAAUGCCAAAAAGGUAAAUUGAAAGUAUUAAAAAAAAAAGUUUUUAAAUUGCCAACCGAAACGGGCACUAUAAACACCCCGCCAUUUUGGCGCACUUUGGCGACUUUAUAGCACACACAACAAAUAGCAAAGUGGAGAACUUUGACACUUAAUAAAAACGCAACAUUUCACGCAUAAUUAUACGUGCCAAUAUUUAAUACCUUGCCAAUAUUUCAUUCAGUGUCAAAAUGUCAUGAUACCUCUGCCAUGAAGGUUCACGUUUCAAUGUUUUAAUUUGGAAUAGGAAGUAUAGGAAUACACACAUAACUCUGGUUUAUCGAUCUGUCUCGCUCGCACUCAUUAGCGCUUAUGGAGCGUGUUUAACAUUGAUGAGCGAGAGAGUUAUGUUAGGAGAGCACACAUAAUCCCGGUUUUAUUAUCUGUCUGCUCUCUGUAAAGAAGCAAAAGUCACAAUUUAAAUCUUCUGUCGCAGCGUGCUUCGAGAGAGUUUACCUUUGCAGUUUUAUAACGUAAAAACUUUUACGAAUGACAAGGCAGUGUGAUCUUUGCCCUUAGCAUUUUUCUUACAAUAUCGCAAAGGAAUUUUCCUGCGUAAUAUCACUUGUUCGCCAUAGGUACCCUAAUAUUUUUUUCUUUGCUUGCUUAGCUAAGUCGUCAAAUUUUUGAAGAGCUUAGAAAGGAAAUUAUCAAAAAGUGCGAUUGUAACAUGUCGCUGUUUUGCUUUAAUAGUGGCACUAGUAAAAUAGUAAUACUUAACGGCAUUCAGUUAAGCUUUAACUAAAUAAAAAAAAAAAAAAAAUUAAAAACAUCCAUUAAACUUUUUUUUUUAGCCGUGUCACUAUUGAAGAAUAGCAGCGAUAUACAUUCUCCUAUUUAUUUAAAACAUCUUGAUCCUUGUACUUUACUAGAUGUAUCCAAAUUGACUGACUAUGAUAAGUGCAAUAAUAUUUUGCUAAGAAUUUUAGCUGAAUAGAGAUAAAUUAUAACUUCCAUAAUAAAAAGUACCUAACUGUUAAUUUAUUUAUUGAUUAGGUUCGUAAAGCUUUUUACUUAAAUUUAAUACAGUUGAAAUAAAGGUAAUUUAUAAAAAUUAGUUAAUGUAGUCCGUGAAUCAACUAGAUAUUUCGUUGAUAUGAAAACUCCUGCCCCUCUUUCUAUCCUCAGUUUUUAGGGCAAUGAGUAGAAAUCUAAAUGCCGUAAGGUUUUGUGAAACGCUACUUCACGUGAAAAGCUACAUUUUACAGCCGGUUGAAUCUAUUGAACGAAACUAAUAUAUCUAGAAAUAGUGCUGUCUUUUUCCAUAUAAAAUUUUUCGAAAAGGAUGUGGCACUAUUUUAAGAAAUUCUUAGUUCUGUUAAGGAGAAUUUUAUUAUAAAUAUCAAAUUAUCGCACAUUACUAAAAAAUCCUAACCUUUUUCAUCUUAAUGGAUAUAUCUAUACUGGACCGCCGGUAUAGAUGAAAAAACUUCCCUGAUAUAUAUUUUGUAAGCGUGCGAGAAAGAUUUAACUUUUAGUAGUAUAGAUAUUUGACGCACAUAAAAUAGUUAGGUACCUGGUAAUUAAGAGAGGUAAAUUUAAUUGAAUGAAUAACAACAAUAUUAAUUAUGUAGAUGUUUGUUUUGUUAGUAGUUGUUGUAGAUUUUUUUUUUUGUAUUCGGUUAUUCAUAUCCUUGAGUAUGUUUGAGUUUUGAUUGAGAUUUUGUUGCGUAAUAAACGUAUUGUACAAA